AUGGCUGUGUUACACCUCCUGCUUCUGCUGUUGGUUGUAGGGGGUGUCUCCACGAAGAUCAAUGAUGCAAUGUGCCAUGCCUGGACACAAGGGAUAGCUUCGCCAGUUAAAUCGUUCUACUGUCCUGAGGAUAUGAAGUUCUGCUGUGGGACUUGCGCCACACCCUACUGUUGCUCCGCUGCAAAAGCCCAACUAGACCAGCAGCAGUGCCGCCAAGCUGCUCCUUAUGAAGUGAUCACCAUGAUUUCAUACACCAUCCGGCCUCUUAAUCAAGAAGCUACAGUGGGUAAGUAACACUACUUUAAUGAUGUUUUUGAGAGUACCUUGACCAAAUAAGCAGAUUCUAGAAUAUUUGGGAUACGCUUGCUGUGAAGAGAGGAGAGGCCCUAGCAUGAGUGUAGCUAGGAUUUUUGUUGGGGGGGGGAGAGCAGGCUUGGGAGGGGCAGGACCUCAUUUUUUUAUUGGUUUUUGUUGGUUUGGGGUGGAAGCUGCCCCCCUGCCCUCCCAGCUAUGCCCAUAGGCCCUAGCUCAAUGGGAAAAGAGCCCACAGAGUAAAGGAGCAAGCAUCUGCUUUGCAGACAGAAGGUCCCAUAUUCAAACCCUUUCAUUUCCAGGAAAGACUUGGAGAGAAAACUGCUUAAAGCCCUGGAGAGCUGCUGCCAGUCAGUGUAGUCACUGCUGAGCUUGAUGGACCCAAUGGUCUGACUAUGAGGCAGCUUUCUAUGUGUUAUGGAUCUGUAACCGGUUAAGAGACAAGGUGCUUAAAACAAAAAAGAAUGUGGAAGAGCUCUAAAAAGAUCUCUCCAAACAGGGUAAAUGGGUAAUAAAAUGUGAUUUACUGUAAGCAAGUGUAAAAUGAUGCAUUCUAGAAUUUAACCCAGUGCAAUGCAUUUAUGGAAAAAGGUUAAUACUUUGUUGGGAAUCACUAGGAAGGGGAUUGAAAAUAUGACUGCCAUGUUGUUGUUGUUUUGGGGGGGGGGGGCGUAGCACACUCAACCCAAUCACGUCAUGCACAAAUGCUGGGUACUUUACGCACACUCUGUGUGCAUGCCAAGUCACAUAUUCCUCCCAACACGUCACAUGCCUCACAACAUGCUCGUGCCUUGUGCACAUGCCAUGUGAUGUGUGCAUGUUGGGCGCGCACACAGUACAACAUGCAGACAACAUCCACACAUGCCAUGUCAAAUGCUCAAUUCAUGUGUGCAUGCCAUGUGACAUGUGCAAACUCUGCACACAUGCCAUGCUCAUGUCAUGCACGCACACUGUGCAACAUGCUGAUGUGCUGCACUCAUACAAUAACAUUUAGGAGGUAAGGUGGCUAAAACAUUCUAAGUCUACCCUAUCACGGGCACCAUUGGGGGGGCAAGGGACACCCAAAUUAUUGAGGGGGCUGGGCCUCAUCAAAAUUCCGUGGCUCCAUCAAAAUACCCUCCUUGGUAAUUUGGGGAUGCCCUUGGCCGCCACUGUGUGCAUACGUCACCACAGAAUUUUGAGGAGGCCCAUCCCCCUCCUUGGUAAUUUUGGGGUGCCCUUGCCCCCCCAAACGGCACUGUGUGCAUAUGUCGCCACAGAAUUUUGUGGGGGCUCAUCCCCCUCCUUGUUAAUUUUGGGGUGCCCUUGCCCCCCCAGACGGCACUGUGUGCAUAUGUCGCCACAGAAUUUUGUGGGGGCUCAUCCCCUCCUUGGUAAUUUUGGGGUGCCCUUGCCCCCCCAAACGGCACUGUGUGCAUAUGUCGCCACAGAAUUUUGUGGGGGCUCAUCCCCCUCCUUGGUAAUUUUGGGGUGCCCUUGCCCCCCCAAACGGCACUGUGUGCAUAUGUCGCCACAGAAUUUUGUGGGGGCUCAUCCCCCUCCUUGUUAAUUUUGGGGUGCCCUUGCCCCCCCAGACGGCACUGUGUGCAUAUGUCGCCACAGAAUUUUGAGGGGGCCCAUCCCCCUCCUUGGUAAUUUUGGGGUGCCCUUGCCCCCCCAAAUGGCACUGUAUGCAUACAUUGCCACAGAAUUUUGAGGGGGCCUACCCCCUCCUUGUAAUUUGGGGGUCCCUUGGCCCCCCCGAUGGCACUGUGUGCAUACAUUGCCACAGAAUUUUGAGGGGGCCUAGCCCCCUCCUUGUAAUUUGGGGGUCCCUUGCCCCCCCGAUGGUGCCCAUGAUGGUCAGACUAUACUUGGAAUGUCAUGUACAGUUUUGGCCACCUCACCUCUUUAGUGUUAUUGUAGUGCUAGAAUGAGGCAAUGCGUGUGGUUAAGGGAUAAGAACAUCUCCCUUUUGGGAAAAGUUAUAUUAGGGGCUUUUCAGUUUAGAAAAAAACAAAAACCAAUGGAGUACCUUGGAAGGUGGUGGAUUCUCUUCCCUUGGAGAUUUUUGGACAGAGGUUGGAUGGCCAGCUUUUAGAGAUCCUUUGACUACAAUUCUUGAAUUGCAGGGGGUUGGACUGGAUGACCUCUGGGGUUCCCUUCCAACUUUACAGUUCUAUGAUUCCAUGUAUAAAAUUGUCAAUGGUGUAGAGCAAGGGUGGCCAACUCCCAAGAGACUGUGAUCUACUCACAGAGUUAACAACUGGCAGUGAUCUACCCCCUUUGGGGGGUUCAGGUCAAAAUUUUUGAAUUUUAUGGAGGAGGAGGAAGGCCAAGCUUUUUAGGGGUGCAGGGCAAAGUUGUUGAGCUUUUAUUUAGGGAAGCCAAAGUGAUCUUCUGUGAUCUACCACAGAUGUCCCAGUGAUCUACCAGUGGAUCACGAUCUACCUGCUGGCCAUGCCUGGUGUAGAGGACGCAAAUAGCAGUAAGGUUUUAUCCCUCGUGAUGCUACAACCUGAGCCCAUCCUAGAAUGCUAGAAAACCCAGGGCUAAUUAAAGAAAGUGCUUUGCACACUGCGUACUUAAACUAUGGCAUUCAUGCCAGCAAGAAGUGAUGGUCAUCAGCUUGGGUGGUUUGAAAGAGGAUUAGACAAGUUCAUGGGGGACAAGGCCAUCCAUUGCUAACAGCCAUAAUGGAGCCAGAAUGCCUCUGAAUGCACACUGUUGGGAAUCACAAAGGGGAGACUGCUGCUGUACUUGGGUCUUCCCAUGAGCAACUGGCUGGCCAAUGUGAGAAUAGGAACCUGGGCUGGACAGCCCUUUAGUCUGAUCUGGCCGGGCUGCUCUUUUGCUUACGUAUCAUUGCUUAAAGGAAGAGAGAGAGAUGGGUCGUCUUUAACAAGUGGUGACUGGAGCCUUCUUCUGUUUCCAGGUCGGAUCAUGGUUUUCCUUUUCGCAAUGAUAUGCGGUGCCGUAUUAUUAUUUGGCUUGUACCGCUGUUGUACCAAGGGUUACAGAGAGAUUUGGCGUCGGAGGAGAAAUCGCAGUCUUGCAAGAGCAAUCAGUGACUACUACAAUCGGGUCGAAGAGGAAAAUAUUGAUCCACUUGAUACGCUUGAUGUCCCUCCAUCUUUCUUUACGGUUAUGCCACCAUAUGAUGAUGAUGAUCAGGAGUCCAACAACAGUGAUUGGCGCCCUCGAGAAGAUGUGGAUUACCCCCCGCCCAUCUCGGUUGCUCAGAUCCAUAAUACUGCAGAUGCCGAGGCUGAGACCUGCUUUUUGGGACACAGAAUUGUUCCUGAAGCUGCUUCUGAAGCCAACCUGGAACUGGAGUCAUUACUAAAAGAAUGA